AUUGUGCAAACAACAACUGACGGGUUGACAUUAAACUCACUACCCAGUUUUGUCAGCCAACUACGGUUUUGAACUACGAUUACAUAACUUGGAUUAAAUACAUUAAAAAGAAAUAAAUAAAAAGAAGAAAACAAAAAAAAAAAAAGAAAAAAUGAAAGUGUUUACCUUGACUUUGCUGGCCGUUUUGCUAGUGGGAGCCUCGAGUGCGGCCAAAAUAAGACGUGGCGAAAAACGUGCUGCUUUAGAAGAAACCAAACCCACAGAAACAGAAGAUGCUACGAAAGCGGAAAUAUCUGAAGCCGAUACCGAUAAAAAGGAGAAAGAGGUUCAUAAGAGAGGCAUUUUCCAUCAUGGUGGUGCUUUAGCGGCUCCCGUUAGUUUAUGGCCUAAAACUUAUGCUGCUCAUUAUGGCUAUGGUUUACGUUUGCCUGCCUCCUCUGGCUUUUCAGUAGCUCCUUUGGCUGCUGCUUCAGGUCAUUCGUAUGGUCCCGCUGUUUUGAAAUAUAACUCCGGUUUCCAUUAUAAAACUUUGGCUGCUCCUUCUGUUUUCUCCGGUGUAUCCAGUUUAGGUGGUGUUUCUGGUUUAAGUGCCGCUUUUCCCACCUACGCCAGUCUAAGUCCUGCUGUAGCUCAUGUUCUUCAAGCUGCCACCGCUCAGCCUUUUAUCAUUAGACCCGGUGGUGCUGUUGUUCAGUCCUACAGUGUUACUUAUCCUCAUCAUAAAGCUGCUGUAGCUGUAAAACCUGUUCAUGCUUUUGCUUCGGUAGCUCCUGUACAACCUGCCGUUGCCGUGCAACCUGCUGUUCAACAUGUUCAACCUGCCGUAGCUGCUGUACAACCUGUUCACACUUUCCAAACUGUAACACAACAUCUGCAUCCUGUACAACCUGUCCAACCCGUACAACCUGUAGCUGCUGUCCAACCUGUUCAACCCGUGGCCGCUGUACAACCAGUCCAUCACUUGCAACCCGUUCAGCCAGUGCAACAUUUGCACCCGGUACCACCGGUUCAAUCUGUUGUUCAAGUACAACAUUUUAAACCACCCGUACAUUACGAUGUCACUCAACAAUUUCCUUCAUUUUUCCAGACCUCCUUUGUACAACCCGCCCCAGUUCCUGCCCUGCCCCAAAAUCCUGCUGUAGCCUUUAGUCCCGCUCAACCUAACUUCCCUAAUAUUCCCACUUUCCCUAAUCCUGCUGCUUUCCCUACUAUACCCUCAGUGCCCGCUACUCCCGCCCAGCCUGCAGUACCAGCUGUUCCUGCUACUCCUACUAUUCCCACCAUUCCCUCUAUUCCCAAUUUCCCUCAACCCCAGGUACCCACCAACGGUUUCUUCCCCGUUAAUGUACAACCUCCUUUGCAGCAACAGCCCCCCGCCUUUAACGGCGUCCAUCCUCAGGCCCAAUUCCCUGGUUUUGGUCCCAUUGCUGGUAACAAUCCUGAUGUGGGUAGUGCCGAAGCCGCUCCACAAAUUCCCGUACAACCUGAACCCAGUCCCGAGCCAGAAUUGCCCACACCACAACCCCAGCCUACUCAACAGCCUUGGAAGCCUGUUUUGUAUCAACCUCCCACUGUUGAGAGUCAUGUGAAUCGUCCUUCUCACACAUUGUUGCCUCCUUAUGGUAACUCUCCUGCUGAAGGUUACCUUCCUCCCGCUCCCUCUUCACAAAAUGGUAAACUCCAACAGGAAUACACCAUCGAUAGCAGUCUAUUCGAUAAUCUCUCCGAUGCUGAUAUUCAAAAUAUCUUUGCCCAGGCCAGUUUAGCUGCUCAUCGUGAUCAUCAUCAUCAUACAGUGCACAACUAUCACACUCGUUUCUAGAUCAACGAGUUCGUUGAAAGGCGAAAGCAGUUCAUUAAUAUAACGAAUUUUUUCAUAAAUUUAUAUUCGUAGAAAGUUAAGUAGGAAAGUUCUCAGUGUUUUUGUAGAGCUUAUAAAUUCAAAAACGAAACUUAAA